AAUGGCUGUCAGAUCGAGGCAAAUGGUGGAUGAACAAGAAUUUAAGGACGGAGGCAUCAAAAUCCCUCAGCUUCAAAAUAAGAGAGUGGGAUUGGUAAUAGGUAACGAUUAUUAUUCGUUAUUGCAUCCUACAGACUCAAAAAACUUGCAUAAUGGAAUGACAUUGAUCAGAAAUAAACUGGGUUGGUUUUGCUAUGGUGGCAAGAAAAACGCCAAACUAAAUGUUAAUUGCAAUAUGGCAAUUAAAAAUCCCAAAAGUAAGGAAAUGAAAAUAUCCAUAGAAGACGAAAUACUCUCGAAAAGAUUUGAAAACAAAACUAUAAUUGAGGAUGAGAAAAUCGUAGCACCGCUAUUGAUAAAUGAGGUUACUAACGGAACCCUCAAAGAAUUCUGCCCGCGGAAAACGGCUGAAAACCGUCUGUUACAGCAACUUAAAGCUUUUAAGAAAAAUCCGGACUUGGAAAAGGAAUAUGAUGAGAGAAUUUAUGAAUGA